AUGGUAACUAGACAACACCCGCGCUGCUCAAUAACCAGUGGCAAAAGGACAAUUGACCUGAUAAAUUCCUUAACAGGGCCCGUUGUUGAUCACAUCAAGUCGGAGGCAGCCCGUACCGAACAAGAGCUACGCGAAUUGAAAAACGCUCGUGUGACGCCCUCGACCACAACUGCGACCGGCCAACACCUGACUUACUACCACUCCCUGUUGUACAGCCUCCUGAGCUGGGAACAACCUCGAGCUACUGCUGUUUCAUUUGCGACCGUCGUGACUUUUAUUUUCGCCGCCCGUUACCUGCCUCUGCUUCGCUGGUUCUUUAAGUUCAUCUAUGUGGCUUUAGGAUUCACCGCUGCCGCCGAGCUCGGUGGUAGACUCGUGCUGUCGCAGGGCCUCGCAAGCUCUUUCCGCCCUCGUAAAUACUACACCAUCCCGAAGGAGACCAUCGAGGGAGUCUAUGAGGAUCUCGAGCAGCUUCUUAACUUCGUGCUCCUCGAAUUUCAGCGUAUCCUGUUCGCCGAGAACAUCGUCCACACUGUCGCUGCUUUUGCUGCCGCCUUCAGCGCCUACUGGUUGAUCAAAUGGCUUCCAUUCUGGGGCCUCUCUUUGAUCGCCGUUACCAUUGCUUACAUUGGACCUCUGGUUUACAUGAACAACCGUGAAGUCAUCGAUGCACAGAUCGAAAACAUCCAAGAAGUUGUGAACUCCCAGGCCCACCAACUGAAGGACCUUGCCGAGGAACGUACCUCCCAUGCGACGGGCUUGAUGAAGCAGUACGUUGAUGACUACAGCGCCAAGGCCCAGGAAUACAUCGGUCAGCGUCGCUCCGUGUCUCCGCAGAUGACCAAGGUCUCCACCCCCGAGCCCGUUAUCAAAAAGGAGAUCGACACCGAGCCCGUAUUCAAGACUACGGAUUUCCCAGAGGCACCUAAAGAGGAGCCCGUUGCUGUGAAGGAGGAGCCCGUGGCUGUGGCGGAGUCGAUUGAGCAUCCUGCUUUGAACGCGGAGAAGGAGCCCCUCCUGGCGGCUUAA